GCGAAUAUAGGGAUUACGAGGAGGUUAAGAAAUCAAUGGCCAUUGAUGCUGGGGUCGGGCUGUUAAACGGUAUGUUUUCAGCGAGCACAAAUUAUAUGAAAGCCCAACAUACAAUCGCCAAUUCGUCAAAAUUUGUGACCGAGAUAUUCGCCCACUUUUCGGCCUUGCAGGCAGACUUAGUUCCAUAUUGGGAAUUACCGUUAGGUAAAUCACCAAGCACAUUUAUUGAUAAAUUUCUGCCGGACAAAUACGAAGCUAAUCCGGCAAAGUUUAUAGAAUUCAUUGAAACCUUUGGUACACACUUUAUAUCGAGAGGUCACUACGGUGGUGUUUUCAGACUCAGUUUUAACUUGCAAAAUCAACUACGCUACACAAUGAGCGAUACACAAAUAAAAGCAGAUGCGAAAGGUACUUUUUUCAACAUUCUCAAAGCUAAUGGGGCGUAUGGUGGUGAAACUGUGAAAAUUACCGAGUCAUUUAAAUCACAAUCCGAACUCACUGAGUUUUACUAUGGCGGUAUAGCCAACCUAUUAAAACCUGCUAGCUGGAAAGAUUGGUGGGACUCCGUGUCGGGUAAUCCGUGGCUAUUUAAGGGGCAACUCGAGCCAAUUACCAAGUUAAUUCCAGAUGGUCCAAAAAAUGUGGCUAUUACAAAAGCGAUUGAAAUUUACCUAGAUAAAGCGUACCUAAAUGAUAUACUAAGAUCGGCGUAUAGCUUUAUUUCGAAAGCAAAAAUUGGUGCUGAUCAAGUAUUGACUUAUGUCACGCGAACUCAAGAGUUACUUGCUCAAGUAAUACCUGAUCAUAGAUUGGUGGGUGAAUUAGGUUCGCAAGUUAAAGAGUAUAUCGAAACACCCGAAUGGUUUUACCAAGCUAAACUGUGUUACUCGUGGUACCCGGACGGUGAUGGUGGGCAAUGUAGCGCCAGCGAUCGACUACUUUGUGCCAUGGUCAAUUCAAUGACACCGUGGUAUCGCGACGAUACCGAUCAACGUGGGGGCGGGUGUCGUAUGAAAUGGGGCAUAGUUCAACAAGGUCUUACUCCAAAUUGGUUCAACCAAGUUCAGAUU